ACAAUGGGUUACAAAACUACAUUUGAGUGGGCUACUAAGUUUUUUAUAGGAUGAACAACAUUAAAAUAUAUUUAAUAUAUUUUAAUUUUAUAAAAAGGCUACCUGGGCUAGUGCCCAUGGUAGCCCUAUACCUAGUUCCGCCCAUGUUCAAGUAGACACAGUGAUCUUCACACACUUUAAUCCUUGACCAAAUAUACUUAUGAUUAGUCAACUGUCAGACAUGAAUCACCACAAACAAGAACAUACACAUGACAUAUUAAUAUGUACCUACAAGCCAAGAGAAUUACUAGUGACAACCUAAGCACUCAGAAGGACCCGUCAAUCUAUGCAUCCUUUGUGCUAGCAACAACUAUGGUGAAAGUGUGUGAAGGCUUCAUAAUCAAGUAAACACCAAACAACAGAAAAUGAUGACUAGUCAACCGCAAGAACACAAACCCAGAAAUACAUGAACAUUAUACGAUGACUAGUCAAUUGUCAAGAACACAAACCUAGAAAAUUACAGAGAUGCAAACCAUAAAUUGUUCACCCAAAAACCCACAAUUGGGAAAAAUUAGGGGUCAUCAACAGACUAGGCAAUCCACUAAACAAAAAGAUUCUUACAAAUAAAUACUAGCAAGCUCAACAAAUCCUAGGUCUAUUUAGGAAGAUGAGCUAUACCUCCUUUGUGCAAUUUUUGACUUUUAUCAAAAUCCCAAAUUUAUUUCCCUUAUCCAAACAUACCACAAGAGUUAUCAUUUUCGAAAUUGUGUAAAAAAUAUAUUGAUGAUGUGAUGAUGUGAUAAUGUAACAUAUUUGUUUGUCAGCUUUAUGCAUAUUAUUAUUAUUAUUACUAUUAUUCCUUAUGAAAAAACGAUGACGUUCACCUUAUUUCUUAAUUAUUGUUUUUAAUUUACAGACAAUGAUCGUUUUAAUUUUUAACUUGUUUUGGAUUUAAUUUUUAAUUCAGGUGCCCCUAUAAAUAUGAAGUGAAGCUAGAUGAGGGGAAGAUGCAAUUAGUUAAUAGACAGAUAUGGCAAAUAUAAGGUAUAUCCAAAUCUUGGUCUUUGCCUUGUGUUCAAGCCUUCUCAUUAUCACAACCCAAAGCCAUGGCCAUUCUGGGUUGCCAAAAAGACAUGCACCUCUUUUCAUACUUGGGGAUUCAGUCUUUGAGGCUGGAAAUAAUAACUACUUUAACACUACAGCCCGGGCAAAUUAUAAGCCAUAUGGUGAAACCUACUUUAAGUACCCAACUGGGAGAUUUUCUGAUGGUCGUCAAGUUCCAGAUUUUAUUGCUCAGUAUGCAAAGUUGCCACUGAUUCCACCAUAUCUACAGCCCGAUUUGCAUGAUCUUUCAUAUGGUGUCAACUUUGCAUCUGCAGGAUCUGGUGCUUUGGAUGGAACUCGCCAAGGCUCGGUGAUAAGCCUUAAAACUCAACUGUCAAAUUUCAAGAUCGUCAGGAAGUCGUUGAGGAAAAAACUAGGCGAUGAAAAAGCCAAAUCUCUGCUAUCAAGAGCUGUUUACUUUUUUAAUACUGGAAGCAACGAUUACCUUUUCGCAUUCGACACAGACCCAACUGUGCUCGGAUCCUACUCUCAACAGGAAUAUGUAGACCUGGUGAUAGGCAACAUGACUGCAGUGGUCGAAGGAAUCUAUAAAAGAGGAGGAAGAAAUUUUGCUCUGCUUGACCUCUGGCCUAUGGCUUGUCUUCCAUACGGAAGAGGAACACUUCAAAAAAAAGGUGCUUGCUUUGAUACGAUUACACCAUAUGUGACGCUACACAACAAAGGACUUGCCAAUGCCCUACAAAAGCUGGAGAAGAAACUCAAGGGAUUCAGAUACUCAUUCAUCAGUGCUAAUGAGUUUUUGACAAAAAGAAUGAACAACCCUUCUAAAUAUGGUUUCGUGGAAGGAAAGGUGGCAUGCUGUGGAAGUGGUCCAUAUGGAGGAAUUUUUAACUGUGGAGGAAUGAAGAUUUCAAAAAAGUAUAAUUUAUGCAAGAAUGUUAGUGAAUAUGUCUUCUUUGAUUCUUCUCAUCCAACCGAGAGGGUCUAUGAACAGUUUGCCAAGAAAAUAUGGAGUGGAAAUUCCAUCACUGCGCCUUACAAUCUGAAAGCACUAUUUGAAAAUUAG